AUGGAGACAACAUCUCUAAGAGGGUUGGCAUUUGUUCCCCUACUUUGGGCAAGGGAAGGUGUUGGUGUAAGGACAGUGCCAGUGCUUGCUGAGGCUGCCAUUAGUGUUGCUGCCAUGGCUUUCAAAUAUGAUUACAUGAAUCGCCAGUCAUAA